CUGACUGCACAGUGGAGUCCGGACAGCUUGGGACAGGGCUGAGGGAGCGCUAUGUCCCUUACGCUCCCAGCUGUGCUCUGGCUGGGGCUCUGUCUGGGCCAGAAGAUCAUGGCACAGAAUGAAUUUCUUCCUCAACCCAUUCUCUCAGCCCAACCUGGACGUAUGGUGGCCAUAGGGAAGACCUUGACCCUCUUGUGCCAAACCCCAUACUGGGACUUGGAGUGCGCGCUGCUUAAGGGUGAAAACUGGGAGCCCUUAGAGCGCUGGACCCUAAGUCAAUCCGGAAACACUUUCCUCUUCUCCCUCUACUCUGUGAGAGCCAGCGAUGGUGGGAACUUCCGCUGCAUUUACUACACAAGAAUAAAUAACAAGCAAUCCCUUCCUAGCAAUUCUCUGGAGCUGGUGGUGACAGGAGUCUAUACCAAACCCUCCCUGCGGGCCUGGCCCGGCCCACUGCUGAUCCCUGGGACGAAUGUGACGCUCCGGUGCCAGGCGUGGGUGGGCGGCCUGACGUUCUCCCUGCUCCGGGCUCAGACCUGGGACCUCCUGCAGCGCCAGACCCCGGCAGGGGACCGGGCCGACUUCCUGCUCCCGGCUGUGGGCGCCUGGGAUCCCCAGGGCUACCGCUGUGUGUAUUUCCAUCCAGUGGCCCCAAGUGCCUGGUCAACGCCCAGUGAUGUCCUGGACCUGGUGCUGAUAGGAUCCCACCUCAAACCGUCCUUCUCAGCCUUGCCCAGUCGCGUGGUGGCUCCAGGCGGGACCGUCACCCUCAAGUGCCAGGGGCCUCACCAGGGGGUCAUAUUCGCCCUGCUCAGUGCCAGAACCCUGGAGCCCCUUCAGCUCCAGAAGCCAUCGCGAAUGGACCAGAACUGGGUUCUCUUCAAACUUUCUACCGGGAAAGCUAACGAGACGGGAAACUACAGCUGCGCUUACUAUGUGACUUCCUCGGAGCUGUCGCAGAUCAGCGAGACCCUGGAGAUCUGGGUGAUGGACUCACUCCCCAAACCGACCCUGUCGGCCUGGCCGGGCCCCGAGGUGGCCUUGGAGGGGAACGUGACCCUGUGGUGCAGGGGGCCGCUGCGGGCCGUCUGCUUGGCCCUGUUCCGGGAGGGAGAAGCCAGACCCCUGCAGAUCCGGUAUCCCGGCCUGGAUGGGGUCCGAUUCCCCAUCGCCAAUGUGAGCGCCGCCCACGCCGGACGUUACAGCUGCCGCUACCACACGGACUCCGACGGCCACAUCCCGGCUGAGCCCAGCGACUGGCUGCUGCUGGUGGUGGCAGACCCAGGGAACAGAAACCUCCUCUUUACAGCCCUGAGCAGUGCCUUCUUCCUCCUCCUAGCCUUCCUCCUCCUCACUGCCUUCCUCUGCCACCGACGUAAACAGUCCAGAGCCAAGAGUCUCUCCCUUCCGGCAGCAGGGGCAGGCCAAGCAGAGGACCUGAGGAGCUGUCGACACUCCAGGGAUGCCAGGAAACCCAUGGCAGAGACCGGGAUAUCCACUGUGGGUGCCCAAAAAAGGCAGGAAUAUCUGACCCCAGACCUGCUGGACCCCGAGACUGAAGACCCUCAGGACGUGACCUACGCCCAGCUGAACCCAGACAUCCUCAAGAGAGGGGCGGAGGGCACCCCGGACCCUACCCCCGAGCCCAGCCUAUAUGCCGUCAUUGCUGGGCAGUGAGGGGCUGCCAACACACUCAGAACUCAGAGGGAGAGUCCCAGCUUUGGGGGAGCUUUUGGAGCCUCUUUGAGAGGAGCGGUGGCCAAGAGAAAAGCCAGAUGCUGGGGGACAAGACGCCUAGGUUCGGUGGGGAGAGCCACCGCCCGGCAGGGAUGGUUGCUGGCUCAAGGAUUCUGUCCUGGGCUUCACCUCCUCUAAUAAAGACACUUGCCCCCCUCUC